AUGCCUCCAAGAAGAAGAACCUCUACUGAGAAGGAGUCUUCUCGCCAACGUCUGAAAGCUCUAGAGAAUGGUAUCUUUGCCCUCGCAAAUCGAUCCACUGGUCCGGCUAACAACCAGUCUAUCUUUGAUCGUUUGAUCGUCACCGUCCCCCAGCCUAUGAGGGUACUACCGAUCCUAAAGAGGCUGACAACUGGUGGGGUAUGGUCAAAGCUGAAGGAGAGAUUCUAUCCGGACGAGUUGAGGUGGCUGAAAAGAGAAGAGUUUCUCUCUCUGGAACAGGGUUCUAUGUCAGUGCAAGCAUAUACUGACAAGUUCACAGAGUUGUCUCGUUUUGCUGCUGUUUUGAUCCCUUCUGAAGCUGAAAAAGUGAGGUUGUAUGUGAGGAGGUUAGACGCCCGGAUUAGGUUACCAGUGAUGUGUUCAGGUGCUGCAACUUUCCAGAGGGCUUAUGAAGUUGCCCUUAGUGUUUAUGCUGCAGUUCAGGAGGAAGAAGCUGCUAGGCGUGCUCUUACAGCCAUGAGGCCCCCUCCCUCAUUUCAUACUGCAAACCCCUCCAAGAAGUCUAAGCAUAUUCCUUCAAAGAAGGGGAGUACUUCUGAUUCUAGACCGAAGAAGUGUUCCAAGUGCCAGAAAGAUUGGCACCCUGGCAAAAACUGUGAUGAAUCUGUUGUCAAGUGUUUCUAUUGCAAUGGUGAGGGUCACCGUUCGUACUCUUGCCCUAAGAAUUCUGAUGAAGGCAAGACAAUUACUGCUGGUAAUGCCCCUCUCCGCAACAGGGUUUAUAAUAUGACCGAAACCGAAGAAGAAUCGGAUGUUGAUGUCAUUGCCGGUACUAUUCUCGUGAACUCUAUUCCUGCUUAUGUUUUAUUUGAUACUGGUGCUACUGCUUCUUUCAUCUCUUCUUCCUUUAUUGAAAAAGCCAAGUUGAACUCUUCUAUGUCUGUUAAAUCUGUGAUCUCCCUUCCUAAUGGGGAGAAAAUUUCUUGUAAUCGCGCUUUUCGAAGCGUUCCUGUUAUCAUUAACAAGGUAGAAUUGACUGCAAAUCUUAAAGAUUUCCCCAUGGACGAAUUCGAUGUGAUAUUCGGCAUGGAUUGGUUGAAGGAGUAA